AUGGCGCCUUUUGUGACGACUAUAGAGCAGACCCCCAUGAGCCACAAACAAGCUGAGACACCGUUUUCUCGAGCUGUUAAUGAUUUUCUAAGCGAUCUGAAAAAGAAUGACAACACCAAGAACCCAUUUUUGAAAGAGCUCAUAGCCAGACAUCAGCCAGUUGCGGUGGUUACCGGGGCUAGGACGCAGACCGAGGCUUCAGCGGAUGGCCUGAGAGAAUUCGUGGAGAACCUUCAAACACAAAAGCGCUCUGCGCGUACCUACAGGAUACUCGAACGGCUCAAUCCCUUCAUUAACAGUCUUGCCAAGCUCAUGGGGGUAUGCGAGAACCUGUUGGACACUGCCCCACUGGGAGUCAGUAUCGCAUUCGCAGGCGCUCGAAUCGUAUUAGAGCUUGCAUUGCAAGUGCAAAGCUGUCUUGAUGAAGUUGUCGAUACCAUGGAACAGAUUGGUGUCAGCUUGAAAUGCUACGAGAAGUUCGGUGACGCAUUUCCGACAUCGGAUGACGUGCAAGACUUGCUCGCCAGCUCUUACAAACACAUCGUUCGAUUCUGGUUCAGCGUGUCUCGAAUUUUAUCUCAGAACUUCUUGAAGUCAACUUUCGGGAGAAUAUCAAACGCGGUGAACAAGGAGAUAAGCAAAGCACUUGACGGGUUGAAUCGUGAUCGGGACAACAUCAUCGCACUAGCUCAUGCAACAUCGGCUCAACGAUCAAAGGAAGAAAAGAUUACGGAAUUGAGGAGAGGCAUUAUCGAGUGGAUCAAGAGCGAUGCAUACGUCGACGUCAGGACGAAUGCCGAUGAACAAUUUGCCUUUCGCCACAAGGGAACCUGCCAGUGGAUGUUCCAAGACGAACGCUUCAGGCACUGGUGUGAGAGCACAAAAAACGCAGUCCUCUGGUAUAAUGCGAAACCUGGUUCUGGAAAGAGCGUGUAUGCAGCAACGAUUAUCGAUCAUCUGCAGAAGCAGGGAAAGAAAACCGCGUAUUUCUUCUACUCGUUCAACAGCCCCGAGCGGAACCGUGGUGUCAGCGGCUUACGAUCUCUAGCUCUCCAGUUAUUGAGAUAUGUAGAGAGCCCACCAGACAGACUGGUUGACCGAUACAAGAAUGAAAUCGAUAAUCAUGCCACCAAGAUCGAUCGCCUCGACAUUGCUUGCAAAGCGGUUCAGGAUCUGUUGCCACAGUGUGAGGAGGUCUACUUGAUCAUCGAUGGUCUAGAUGAGUGCCAGGACGAUGCACUGACUAUCGAGAACUUCCAAAGACUCUUGAAGAUGUCUACUUAUGGACUCGCCAAGUGGUUCUUCUCCAGCCGCGAGCACGAAAACAUCAAAACAGCCAUGCAGAACUGCAAAGCAGUAGAGCUCAAGGCUGAGACCACUCUGGUCACUCAGGAUAUCCGCUCUUAUCUUAGCGCGUAUAUUUCCUGCGAAGGCUGCCUAGGGAACUUCACCGAGGGUGAAGACAAUUUUCUCUACUCGAGGCUGAUCUGUGAUGCUUUCCGCGGAGAAGGACUCACGUCUGAAUCAGAGAUUCGAAAAGCUUUAGUGAGAUGCCCAAAGGAUUUGAACAGCUACUAUAUCCGUGUACUGGACAAGCUAGCUGGGAAAAGUCAUGAAGAACAGAGACGAGCCAGAGGAAGGCGGACAUUUGCAAUCCUCAUCACAGUAGUCCAAUCCAUCUCUCUCUACGAACUCUUGAACUUGCUCGCUGUCUAUGAUGGCGCCGAAGAUCACGACAUCAUGAACGUUCCUACCAGACAGACGAUACAGACUCUGUGCAGCCCCUUCAUCAUUUUUGGGAAGGCAAGAGAAGGUGACGUUCCUGAGAAUCCGCUGGUGAAGCUUGGUCACAAAACCUUCGAGGAGUUCUUUAAACAGAACCCAGACGACCUAGACAUAUGCCCCACAUCACGAUUGCGGAAGUUCUUUCUGAUCUCCGAGGAAGCUCACGAGAGGAUGGGUCUGGAUUGUUUAACAUACUUGCAAUACAAGCGGUAUGCAAGCCCCGGCCUUGACCUCAGGGCCAUCCUUAGCAGGCCAGCCGAUAAGGAGCACGCUUUUCUUCCUUACGCAGCAACUUUCUGGGCACAGCACUUGAUGCAAUUGUGUCCAACUAAAGAAAUCGACCAAGUAGUGAGGAGAUUCCUUCAAAGUCGUACCUUUUGGACGUGUCUGGCUGUGCAAGCACAUGUCAGUCCCUACUUAUUCAGUCGAUAUGUUCGUGGAGAAGACCAGAUGUCGUAUACGCCGAAUAUAAAGAAGUCCCGGCUCCGCGACAAUGAUUGGUUCGGCCUGCCUUUGCCCGACUGGCUCGAUACCUUCUCCAAGGAGGGUAGGAUACUGGACCGGUCAUUGGAUGACUUCGUCGAUGAGUGGCGCGAGGUCAUGACAACAUACCCUAACGGUCUAAUAGCAUGUGUACCCUUGAAGGAUUUCAAGCCGACGUGUAGUGUCACACCGCUCGAAAAGUCAAGGAACUUGAAGGUGGCCAAUAUUGAACAGCUAUGCCAUAGUUUAGGCUCACCAAGUAGCUCUAAACUCCACGGUACCAGACUCCUGGGUGCGACAUUUGACAAGAAGACAUUAUGGAUGAAUCUGUUGUGUUAUGGGAGUGGCGGCCAUUUUCAACGAUUGCAGAUCCCACUCUUUGCAACAAGGAAGGGUAUCAAGAAAAGCGAGCAUGAAUUCUCUUGCUUAGAGAACGUUCUCCACUGGAAGAUGGUUAUCAUAAUGAGUGCGAAAGGUGGAGAGAUGCUCGAAGCUUGGCAAUUGGAGCCAUACACUUUGACCUUGAGGCGCUGCUCUCAAAAUAACAAUAUGCAGCGGGAAGUUCCACUUGCCUUCGCCAGAGACAGGAACAUGCCGACAAAAGGGAUGUGGGAGAUCAGGUCAUCACACACCAUCGAUUCUGCUUCAGCGAGGAACAGCACCAUGCAAGCCGUACAUGUGACGCGGACAUCUACCAGCAACUUGCCUGGAACGGACUCAAACUCUUGUAUCAAAAACACAGAGAAGAAAGCAUAUCAUUCAGACAAAUCUUGGCUGGAGAGUGCCAACAUAUCGGCCAUGACCAGUACAACAGCCGUGUCUGACGGCGACUCAAACGACGAUUCAGACGACGACUCAGAUGAUGCAUCAGAUGACAUUGACGCGAAUUCGGGUUCCCAAGAGGCCGAAAGUCCUCAUGAGCUCUUCGACAAAUACGAGUUCGAAAAGGAGGAAAAUAUGUUCACAGAUUGCUUGAUAUUUUUGCGUAUCGAUGGUCAUGCUUCGUGGCAUCCGUGGUCAAAUCCACACCUGCUCUGGUCGCAAAUUGGUUGCGCUGCACACCCGACACUACCUCUUCUAGCAUUUACACAUACUGCUUGUCAACUAGAGCUGGUUGAUAUGGUCACGGGAAUUCAAAAGACAGAGUACCUCUCCGAGCUCUCUGGUCUUCAAGACUUUCCGAGAGCAAGUCUGCGAGAACUACGUUUCUCGAUUUGUGGCAAAUAUCUUCAUUUCUUAUAUAUCGCCUUUUCCCAUGCUACAGCUGGGACCCAGGCCUGCGUAACAGCACUUACUUUCUCCUUUGAAUAUACGGAGAAUAAGUGCAGCAAAAUUUUACGAGCAUCACCGCCUCGGACGUCUCUCACGCAUUGGAAUGAAAACAGCAUCAUCGUUGCACUGCCGCCGCUCACAUGCGACCCCAAGAUUCUGAAGAUCAACCUCCCAGAAUUUCAUCAUACAGCUGAGGAGAAUGAAGAAAGCUCAGAUGAAAAUGAGAUUUUUACUUUGCGAGAGGCGAUCUACUUUCCAACAACGACAACCAGUCGCUGUCCUCUUCUAAUGUACCGAAGCAACAAGCUGGUUAUCGAAGACAGCAGCUAUUUAUAUCUCGUGCUGGAUCAACCACGUCGCCCCUCUGCAAAAGUCCCAAACGAAUUGAACAUUCCAGAAUAUAAUACUGAGUCUGGUUCUGGACGUUCCAUACCCGUCGGUGAUGAUCAGCACGAUGUGUCUUGCGAUUCUCAGCAGAGCACACACAUCUGCGGAUAUGAAGAAGGAAGGAUCUUUGUGGAGGAGAUUGACGGCGAUCGCGAGGUUCGCUGGGAAAAAUAUCGCAGCAAUAAGUUCCCAUGGGCACUGAUUGGCUAUUCUCCAUUCAUUCUUUGGUUUGAUUACCAGGUCUUCGUUGAAAACAGCGACAACGAACUGAUUAAGCUCGCUAUUCAAGCUGUCAAUAAUGCUUGUGUCGGUUGUGCAACCCCCAUACACGCGUAUUGGGAUAACCUCGCUCAACAACCCCAUUGCCUGGACACUCCGCGACUACUUCUCGGGUACGAGAUCACGAACCUUUUCCUCGACUUCUCAAUUCUCCGAAUCCCACUGCCAAUCGUCUGGCAUCUGCAACUCCACGUAUCAAGGAAAUUAGGCCUUGCGGGCAUGUUUUUGUUAGGUAUUUUUGCCUGUGUAACCAGUAUCUUGCGCUUAACAAUAGUCUCGGGUGAAUACGAGCUGACGCAUGUGAAUAUGCGCAGCGUUCGGACAGGUCACGAUGGUCAGAAUGGAGCCCUGUAUAGCCCUUUUCAAAGCUGGGUUCGAUGUAAUGAUGAGCGACUAACCCAAUAUCAUGCCCUUAGAGCUCUACCUUCCAGGGCUAUCAUGGUCAACCAGGAAGUGGAAGUAGUUUGA